CCCGCGAGAGUAAACAGUCGCCAUUUCUCGAAAGUAAGAAAGAGCAGAAAGUGUGGCGGACAGUUCGUUCACAUCCACACAGAAACCAACUCGGAAAACUCCCGAAUUACAGACCGCAUCUAAGCCCCCUGUGCCCGGCUGUCUUCUCCGGCUGGUCUGCAGUUACAUGUGAUUUUCCAGUGGGAGUUUAUGAGGGCGGAGCUAAAGACUGCAGAAUAAACAGCUCUCCCCUGAAAAAUGAUCAUUGAAAACCUCGAGGCCUUGAAGACGUGGCUCUCGAAGACUCUUGAACCCAUUUGCGAUGCCGAUCCUUCUGCCCUUGCGAAGUAUGUAGUGGCCUUGGUGAAGAAAGACAAAUCCGAGAAGGAGCUGAAAGCACUAUGCAUUGACCAGUUGGAUGUAUUCCUCCAGAAAGAGACGCAGACGUUUGUGGAUAAACUUUUUGAAGCUGUGAAUGCAAAGAGUUACCUACCUCAACCUGAGCAGCCGACUCCUGCGAGCAGACCUGAAACUCACCAGCGCACAGAGAAAGAUGAAGCAAAGAGAGAGGAGCCGCCUAGCCGAGAUGAGGACCGGGAAAAGAAAUUCUCCAGGAGAAUAAACCACAGUCCUCCAUCUAGCUCCAGAUACAGCCGAGACAGCAGGAGAGUAGAUGACCGCAAGAAAGAUGAUCGCUCCAGGAAACGAGAGUACGAUCGUAAUCCACCUAGAAGAGACUCUUACAGGGAACGCUACAACCGCAGGAGGGAGCGCAGCCGCAGUUACAGUCGCAGCCGUAGCCGCAGCUGGAGUAAAGACCGCACUCGAGACCGAGACAGAGAGCGGGACAGAGACCGAGACCGCAGCAGAUCACGAUCUCGCACACGCAGUCGCUCAAGAAGCAGAAGUAGAGAGCGAGAUUCUGGAAAGCCGAAAUACGAGCACAGUCGGCCAGAACGUCCAGAGGGAGCAACCACUGAUGGCUACACCGCCGCUCCUCUCCCUCCUGUAAACUCUUCGGCCCAUUUCCCAGUACCCACCCUCAGUAGCACCAUCACCGUCAUCGCCCCCACACACCAUGGGAACAACACCACUGAGAGCUGGUCUGAAUUCCCGCAGGACCACACACCCUUCGGCAGAGGCGGCCCACCGAGGAAACGCUGCCGGGACUAUGAUGAGAAAGGCUUCUGCAUGCGAGGAGACAUGUGUCCUUUUGAUCAUGGCAGUGAUCCAGUGGUGGUGGAGGAUGUUAAUCUUCCCAGCAUCCUCCCUUUCCAGCCUCCGCCUCUUCCUGGAGUGGACGGUCCUCCGCCGCCGGGUCUGCCGCCACCUCAUGCACUCCUAACUCCACCAGUCAACCUCAGACCACCCGUGCCCCCACCGGGCACCAUGCCUCCCAGCCUACCCCCUGUAGCAGGUCCUCCUCCUCCUCUUCCUGCUCUUCAGCCGUCUGGAAUGGACGGUCCUCCAAACUCCAUCACUAGUUCCGUGCCCACUAUAGUCACGUCGGGCAUCCGGCCCCCCAUGACCCAGCCUCCACCCCCACUGUUCACGUCAGAUCCAUUUGAGCCAGAUGUGUAUAAUCCUGAAGCCCCCAGCAUGACCUCACGACCCAUGUACAGACACAGAGUCAACGCUCAGCGGCCCAAUCUGAUUGGUUUGACCAUGGCAGAGAUGGAUCUUCCCCCUAGAGAGAAAAUGUCAAACAGCAACAAUGCUCGGAUAGUUUUAGAGUCUGACUCCAGGAAGAGAGGAGCAGGUCUGCAUGAUUUAGCGAUUCCUCCAAAGAAACCCUGGUUUGACAAACCGAACUUCAACAAACCCAAUCACCACGGCUUUCACAGAAAAGUGCCCUUCCCUUUAGCAAACACCAAAUUAGCCAUCGGGCAGAUUCCUCCAGAGCUCAACAACAUCAGCAAACUGAACCAACACUUCAGCAAAUUUGGCACCAUCGUCAACUUGCAGGUGGCGUAUAAUAAUGACCCAGAGGGGGCGCUGAUCCAGUUUGCCACCCCCGAAGAAGCCAGACGUGCCAUUCAGAGCACAGAGGCUGUGCUGAACAACCGAUUCAUCAGAGUAAACUGGCAUAGAGAGGACACGGUGGAGCACAUGCACCCCAAACCACAUCCGAGUGUUCAGCCUGCCCAGGAGCCUGCAGUGACCGCACUGAAGCAGUCAGUGAAAGACCGGCUUGGACCCCUGCCCACCCCUCACCCUGAACCCACACCGGCCCCCAGCGGCCCUCCACAGAACACACUCAAGGCCUCAGUAAAGGAGCGUCUGGGCUUCUCGAAACCGCCUGGCCUUGGAACAAAGGUCUUAUCAACAUCUACUGGUUUGACGAAGACUGUUUAUAACCCAGCUGCUCUGAAAGCUGGCCAGAAGGGGGCGCCAUUUAGUGCCAGUGUCAGUGCAGAAGAUGCCCUGAAAAGGAAACAGGAGGCAAUGAAGCUUCAGCAGGACGUCAGGAAAAAGAAACAGGAGAUUUUGGAGAAGCACAUUCAGACUCAGAAGCUGUUGAUAUCAAGGCUAGAGAAGAACAAGUCCAUGAAGGCGGAGGAUAAAGCUCAGAUCAUGCAGACGCUCACCAGCCUCACCAACAGCAUCACCAAACUCCAGGAGGAGAUAAAGGGGCUGUCCAGUGCAAAUGCCCUCAGGACCACGGUUAAGAGCAAAGCCCAGGCCCAGAAGGAGCUCCUGGACACAGAGUUGGAUCUUUAUAAGAAAAUGCAGGCAGGAGAAGACACUGCUGAACUCAAGAUCAAAUAUACACAACUGCAGUUAGAGGCUGCCAAAAGGGGGCUUCUGACCCCAGGACGUGGGAGGGGGGCCCACAGCAGGGGUCGAGGGGCCCUGAGGAGCCGCGGCCGAGGGAUUCGAGGGCGAGGGAGAGGAGCUCCAACCCAUGCUGUGGUGGAUCAUCGACCCAGAGCUUUAGAAAUCAGCGGUUUCUCCGAGGCCGAUCGAGUCGACCUGCUGCCACACUUCGCACAAUACGGAGAGAUUGAAGACUGCCAGAUGGAGGAUUCUAGUCUCAGUGCCAUCAUUACGUACAAAACCCGCGCAGAGGCUGAACAGGCGGCAAUCCAUGGCGUUCGGUUAAAUAAUCAGGAGUUACGUUUGGCCUGGCACAAACCCACUGCUUCCCUCAACACAACAGACCCAGAUGAGGCUGAAGCAGAGGAUGAGGAGUUUCCAGAGGACUCACUGGUGGACGAUUCCCUGCUCCAGGAUGAUGAUGAAGAGGAAGAGGAUAACGAGUCGCGCUCAUGGCGCAGAUGAAGAUGAAGUCUUCUGUCCGGUCCUGCUGCACUGCACCACUCGAGCACAUCGCAUAUUGAUUUCUGUGUUUUUCAAAUGGUUGUUUUUAAACAUUCUAAUUUACAUUGGCUUUUUUAUUUUAAUUAUUAAUCCCGAGCAGCAAGUAGAAACUGUCUGUCAGAAGGCUGUGAAUUUGAAUAACUGCGAUGUAUAAUAACAUGAAUUAUAUGGUUUUUUUUACCCUCAUGUAUUAUUUUCUAUCAUCGAAAAAUUGCCGCUGCAUUUAUUUUUUUGUGUUGUUUUAAUGGUCAGUUUGCUGACCCAAAUUUUCUUUGAACAUUUCUGACAAUGUUACAGUUUGAGACAAAUAUGGGGUAUAUUACUAUUUCAAAGACCACAGUAGAGCAUUUUUGAACCAUUGUUAUAAACCGUUGUUCGCUUUCCUUAGUAUUAUCAGCCUAACGAGGAUGUAGCUUUUGUGUACAUAUAUUUUGUGUAUGAAUUUUAAUGGUUUGUAUGAAUUCUUUGCUUCUGGAUUCAUCUCCUGGGUUUCAUUUUGAAAUGUAAAAAAUAAAAAAAAUUGAAAUGGUCUCGAAAAAAUAUCAGCUGGAAAAAAAGAAGAAGAAAAAAAUAUUGAGAUCUCUGCUGCAAAAGCAGUAUGGAGAACAAACAAACAAACAAAAAAAAACUGAACAGCUGAAUACAAAGACCAUUUCAACCCCCAACCCCCAA